CUCUCCUCCCCUUGAAAGCCACGCAAUUAUUCCGACAGCCCAAGAACAGGCUAAUCCCAUGCAUCCAUGCUCUUGUCGCUAGGAAUUGAAGUGAUCGGGAGAUCAUUGCGGGCCAGUGUUCCUGAUCAGGAGAAAAUGUGCCACUAAUUCCGAGGAUCUGACCUCUGCGGCCAGAGAGUGAGGACGUUGUGAGGAAGAGGAAGCAUACAUGAACGGAGUUGCAUGAGGUGAAGGGGGACGAGACGAUGGCCCUGUUCGAUCGGAACCAGAGGCAGCGGUCGUCGCUCUUCUCGACGGCGACCGUCGUCGUCUUCGCGGCGCUCUGCCUCGUCGGCUUCUGGAUGGUCACCCCUCCCUCGCCGGAGGCUGUCCCGGCGGCCACGGUGACGGCGUCCACGGCGGACGUCAAGAAGGCGGCGGAGGCCGUCGUGAAGGAGAAGGAGGAGGACCGGUCCAUCGACGCCACCAACAACUUCAAGCAGGACAGUGCCAACGUCGUCGCGGAGGCCACCACGGCCGCUGUGGAGGCCGAGAAGCCCACCGUGGACGCCAAGGGCGGCGAGGCCGACGGCGAGAAGCCGGCGUCCAAGAACCAGUCGUUCGAUGACGAGAACGGCAGGACGGAGGGCGGGGAGCUCGUGAAGCCGGAAACCGCCGAGACGGACGGCACCGCUGCUGCCGCUGCCGCCGUGGCUGCUUCCCAGGGGACGAGCGUGGAGGACACGGUGACGGACGUGAAGGAGCAGGCUUCUACGGACACCAAGGAAACCGUAGGCAGCGGCGGUCAGGACGCGAACACUGAGAAGACGCCGGCUGACACCAAGGAGAGCAUCGUCAGCCAGGAGGAAAACCCGAAGGAGGCCGCCGGCGGCGGCUCUUCCAAGAAGCAGACCUUCGACGACGAGAACGGCAAGAUGGAAGGCGUCGACGUGGUGAAGGAUGACGGCAACAAGACGUUCAUCUCAGAGGACAAUGCCAAGCCAAUCAUGGAGGAGACGACCACCGCCGCCACGGACAAGACGGAGGACGCGGCGGCGGCCGUGGUAUCGACCGAAGCCUCCGCCGUAGCUAACCCCGAUGAUACGAAGACGUCGGACGUUGUCGAGGAAGAGCAGAAGCUUCUUCCGGAGGCUCUGCCGAACGGGCAGGCGGAGCUGCUGAUGGAGCGGGCGGCGCAGAACGGGUCGUUCACGACGCAGACGGCGGAGUCGACAAACGAGCAGAAGACGCGCGCCGAGAAGAAAAAGAAUAAGAAGAAGAAGAAAGCGGCAAGCAAGGCGGAAGCGGAAGCGGAACCGGAGGCGGCGGUGUCGUUGCCGACGCACGUCUGGAAGCUGUGCAACACGAGCACAGGCGAGGACUACAUCCCGUGCCUGGACAACGAGGCCGCCAUCAAGAAGCUCAAGACCGACAUUCACUACGAGCACCGGGAGCGGCACUGCCCCUCCCACCCGCCGACGUGCCUCGUCCCGGCGCCGCCGUCCUACAAAGAUCCCAUCCGGUGGCCAGUCAGCCGCAGCAAGAUCUGGUAUCACAACGUUCCGCACACGCAGCUGGCGGAAUUCAAGAAGCGUCAGAACUGGGUGAAGGUCUCCGGCGAGUACCUCACGUUCCCCGGCGGAGGCACGCAGUUCAAGACCGGCGGCGCGCUGCACUACAUCGACCUGAUCCAGCAGGCGUUCCCGGAGGUGGCUUGGGGCCGCCGGAGCAGGGUGGUGCUGGACGUGGGGUGCGGCGUGGCCAGCUUCGGCGGGUUCAUGUUCGAGCGGGGCGUGCUGACCAUGUCGUUCGCGCCCAAGGACGAGCACGAGGCGCAGGUGCAGUUCGCGCUGGAGCGCGGCAUCCCGGCCAUCUCCGCCGUCAUGGGCACCAAGCGGCUCCAGUUCCCGAGCAACGUGUUCGACAUAGUCCACUGCGCCCGGUGCCGAGUCCCCUGGCACAUCAACGGCGGAUUGCUCCUCCUGGAGGUGAACCGCCUGGUCCGGCCCGGCGGUUUCUUCGUGUGGUCCGCCACCCCCGUGUACCAGAAGCUCCCCGAGGACGUGGAGAUCUGGGGCGACAUGGUGAAGCUGACCAAGGCCAUGUGCUGGGAGAUGGUGGCCAAGACCAGGGACACCAUCGACCGGGUGGGCCUCGUCGUCUUCCGGAAGCCGAUGAGCAACCAUUGCUACGAGACACGGCGGCAGACGGAGCCUCCGCUGUGCAACCCGUCCGACGACCCCAACGCGGCGUGGAACAUCUCGCUGCGGGCGUGCAUGCACCGUGUCCCCACCGACCCCUCGGUGCGCGGGUCGCGGUGGCCGCAGCCAUGGCCGGAGCGGGCGGAGAAGGUGCCCUACUGGCUGAACAGCAGCCAGGUGGGCGUGUACGGGAAGGCGGCGCCCGAGGACUUCGCGGCGGACUACGCGCACUGGAAGAAGGUGGUCCAGAACUCGUACCUGGCCGGCAUGGGCAUCGAUUGGAAGAGCGUCCGGAACGUGAUGGACAUGCGGGCCGUGUACGGCGGGCUGGCGGCGGCGCUGCGGGACAUGAACGUGUGGGUGAUGAACACGGUGAACAUCGACUCGCCGGACACGCUGCCGGUGAUCUACGAGCGGGGCAUGUUCGGGAUAUACCACGACUGGUGCGAGUCCUUCAGCACCUACCCUCGCUCCUACGACCUCCUCCACGCCGACCACCUCUUCUCCAAGCUCAAGGCCAGGUGUAAGGUUUUGCCGGUGCUGGUGGAGGUGGACCGGAUCCUGAGGCCGAACGGGAAGCUGAUCGUGCGGGACGACAAGGAGACGGUGGACGAGAUCGUGGAGGGGGUGAGGUCGAUGCACUGGGAGGUGAGGAUGACGGUGUCCAAGCGCAAGGAGGCCAUGCUCUGCGCGAGGAAGACCAUGUGGCGGCCCACGGAAAUCGAGCCGGGGCCGCCCACAAGAUAACCUCACCUCGCCUCGCCGGUGAUCGGAGUUAACAGCUAGCGCGGCACUCGCGAGUAAUUGGUCUGAUUGAUUGGCUGCUAUAGGUUUCAAAAAAUAAGCUUGUCUAGAUGAAGAUGAAGUGCGUACAUAGGUUCUGUGUUGGUGUUGGCCGGUGUCUAAUUAGUUCUUCUUUCUAAGGUUUUUCCUCCAGUGUGAAUUGCCAUCUGUUGUAUUGCGAUGGAAUAGUACGUAGGUGUACGUGCGGCAUGUUUGUAUGUAUGUAUGCUAUUGGGAACCAACACUUAUAUGACUUAUAAUCCAAAAAUACAUAGCUAAGAGAUUGAUCCCCA